CACUCCGGCCCCUCCUCCCACUCCCCGAGGUCCUCUAGUUAGCGAUCGCUGGGCCGGGCGCACUGUGUGGCGCGUUAUCUCCGCCCAGGGAGGCAGGCAUCGGCUCUUUGGACAUGGCGGCGGCGGCGGCGGCGGCGGCGGUGGCGUCCGGGUCUUCAGCGACUGGGAUGAAGGGAAAUGGAAGCGGCGGCCGGGCUGGGCCCAGUGAAGCCGGCGGGCCUCGGAAGAAGAAGGGGCCGGGGCCCCUGGCCACCGCGUACCUGGUCAUCUACAAUGUAGUGCUGACUGCGGGGUGGCUCGUUAUUGCAGUCGGUCUGGUCAGAGCAUAUUUGGCCAAAGGCAGCUAUCACAGCCUUUAUUACUCAAUUGAAAAGCCUUUGAAAUUCUUCCAGACAGGAGCCCUCUUAGAGAUUUUACACUGUGCUAUAGGAAUUGUUCCCUCUUCUGUAGUCCUGACUUCUUUCCAGGUGAUGUCAAGAGUUUUUCUAAUAUGGGCAGUAACACACAGUGUCAAAGAGGUACAGAAUGAAGACAGUGUCCUUCUAUUUGUGAUUGCUUGGACAAUCACUGAGAUUAUUCGCUACUCCUUUUAUACAUUUAGUCUACUAAACCAUCUGCCUUAUAUCAUCAAAUGGGCCAGGUACACGCUUUUCAUUGUACUGUACCCGAUGGGAGUAUCAGGCGAGUUACUCACAAUAUAUGCUGCUUUGCCCUUCGUCAGACAAGCCAGCUUAUAUUCCAUUAGCUUACCUAACAAAUACAAUUUCUCCUUUGACUACUAUGCAUUCCUCAUUCUGAUUAUGAUCUCUUAUAUUCCACUUUUCCCUCAGCUGUACUUGCACAUGAUACACCAGAGAAGAAAGGUCCUUUCUCAUCCUGAAGAACACAAGAAAUAUGAAUGAUUCCUGCUCUCCCCACAAAACUCUCCACAGAUCAAAAAUGCUGCAGACUUUUUGAGUUUCCAACAUGUUUCACAGAGAAGAAUAAGCAAGGACUAUUUUUAAAUACUAAAAAAAAAACGUGGCCAGUGGACCUGGGAUUUACAAAGAGUUAUUACAUGAAACACACUGGAAUAUCUUGUCGGCAUGCUUUCUCAAUCAGAAAUUCCAAAAAUGUAAGGAGGGGGAGGGGAUGACAUGUUAUAUAGCUUCCCUUCUCUUCAUGUAUCUGCUAAAUAUCCUUCAUACUCAAUGCUUGAGUUAUAGUCCAAGUGGUAAAAGUUGUACCAACUGAAUGCCCAGCUUGAAUUAUAAUUAUGUUUCGUUUCUGCAGUGUAUUUAGUUUUGCCUUUUCAAAGUGCUUGACUGCAUGCUGGAAACUGUAUGUAUUGCUGGAAUGACCAACUUUAUUCUUGGGAAUACUCUGAGGUUCUGGCUGGGACCAUAGUAAUAUCACCCCCCAUCCAGUAAGGGAAUUGCACUGGGCAAGCCUGGGGAAUGAAGGGGUAAUGUUUGGCAUCAGAAGCAGCAAAUUCAGAUGUCAGUCCAACUUACAAUUCUAUCACCGACUGUAAUUUUCUCUUUUGGGGGACCUCCAUUUAAACAAUCAUUGCCCAUUCCCAAGGAGGGACAGUUGCUUAAAUAUCCGUAGGUCCUUAGAGGCCCAGCCUCAGUCAGUUUUUCAGUCAAGCAACAAACAGUUAGCAGGCAGGAACAAACUCUUGAGGCAAUUAAUGAAUUUGCACAGUAGAACUACUAAGAAACCCCUUAUUCUGAGCCUUUCCCAAUAUUGACCCAGUUCAGUCUGUUAGCCAGCAGGGUAUAUAGGGGUGGAAAAGUCUUUACAGAAAGAGAAGAAACAGGUCAGGAGCAGGGACUCUUCUGAGAAGUAGAGUUCCAGAAACCAAUCUGGGAUAGCUUUUCUAACAUCUUUAUAGUUUUUCGAUUAUUGAGCUCUUCUCUCUCUGUGCAUUUCCUUGGGGAUGAUUCUUCUUUCAACAACUACUGUGUUAUGAAUACAGAAGCAGUAAAAAAUUAAAGUUGGGAAGUAAUGAA